AGCAAAUUGAAAGAUUAGUGAUGUACAUGUCAUCAAUACAUCAAUCAUGUGCAAUUACACAAAGCCCCUUUUCAGAUUUUGCUUCUGGCCCACAGCUAGGCAGGAAAAGAUAGUAUGGAUUUGGGAAAGAUCAAUGAUGGUUCGAACUUGGUUGAAUUUCAGCGGCACGCACUGUAGUCACUGCGAUUUCUCUGGUUACCGGAGCGCGGAAAGUUGAAGGGGCGAUUGGGCGUUGAUCGAAUCGACCUCUCAUGGGAGUAUCAUGUUGCG